AAUAAUGACAUAAUGACAUUUUGUUUUUACAGGUUAUUUAAAAGUUGUUGUUUUUAUUUAUUUAUUUAUUUACAAUUAAUUAAAUGUCUGGGAGCCAAAUUAAAGAGAGCAACAAAAGAAAAGUAGAAAAUGUUCCUUUGUGUAAGUAUGGUUCUGAAUGUUAUCGAAAAAAUCCGACACAUUUCUUGGAGUAUUCCCACCCAGAAAUGAAGAAGUUAAAAGCAGAAAAUGAAGUGAAAAAAGAAAAUAAGGAAUGCGUUGUUCCUUUUUUUUUAAGUACUGUUCAAGGAAUUGAUCAUGAGUUUAAUAAAUAUGCUAUCAGCAUCAAAGAUAUCCUUUCAGAAAAUUUUGAUGAGUUGAAGGAGUCUGUUCAGUUCAAUUACAUGUUUGAUGUUGAAUGGCUGAUAAAGAUGUAUCCUGUUUCAUCUAGAGAGAAACCACUAUUACUUGUGCAUGGUCAUACUGGGAGUAAUAAAACUGAUUUAGAAGCUUCAGCAUUAAAAUAUUCAAAUAUUGAUUUAGUUCAGGCUCGCCUUCCCAUUGCUUAUGGUACUCAUCAUAGUAAAAUGAUGUUUUUGUUUUAUUCAACUGGUCUCAGAAUAAUUAUAACUACAGCAAAUCUAGUAGAGCAGGAUUGGUUUCAAAAAACUCAAGGAAUAUGGAAAAGUCCUUUAUUUGCAAUUAAAGAUGUCGCUUAUGAUGGUAAAAAUGAUCCAUUUAAAGAAGACCUCUUGGAGUAUUUGUCUAGUUAUGGAAACAGUAAACUGGGAAUGUAUGCAGAGAAAUUAAAAGAAUAUGAUAUGAGCUCAGCAAAUGUGCAUUUAGUUUCUUCAGUACCUGGGCGGUAUACAGGUUUUAAAAUGCACCAAUGGGGACAUCUGAAGUUAAGAAAGUUGUUACUGUCCUAUGGACCUUCUAAAGAUCUUGUCAAUGAAAAUUGGCCAAUUAUCGGACAGUUUUCAAGUAUUGGCUCACUUGGUUCAGAAAGUUCAAGCUGGUUAUGUGGAGAAUGGCUAAGUAGUCUGAGUACUUGUAAAGAUGACGAGCUUAAAGAAAGUAAAGCUAAUCUCAAACUGAUCUAUCCAACAAUUGAAAAUGUCAGAAACAGUUUAGAAGGGUACUCAGCUGGUUGUUCAUUACCAUAUGGCAUUCAAGUGGCAAUGAAGCAACGUUAUUUAAAAGAUUUUUUAAAGCUGCCUGGUUUUUAUUAACAAGUGCAAACUUAUCUAAAGCUGCAUGGGGAUCUUAUGAGAAAGACAAAAAGCAGUUUAUGAUUAGAAGCUACGAAAUUGGUGUUCUCUUUUUACCAAAGAAAACUAAUUGUGCAACAUAUACAAUUAUUAGUGGUGAGGAAAGUGAAGUUUGUUUAGAAAAAGAGUUUCUUCGUUUUCCUUAUGAUCUUCCUCUGUUACCAUAUUCUUCAUCAGAUAAACCUUGGGUAUGGGAUAUUUGUUACACAAAAGAAGAUAGUCACGGUCGAUUAUGGAUGCCAUCCUAAUAUUAUCAUUAUUUAAAAAUUGCAUUUUUUUUUUUAAAGUGUACAGUAGAGAAUCUAAGAUGGUGUUUUUAAAUGAAAAACGGCGAGUUUUAAUAUAUUUAUGUGUAUACUUCGAUUUAAUAUUAUAAUAUUGUUUCUAAAAA